AUGUUUUCAAACAAUCCCGGUUCAAUGCCGUUUCCCCGACGUGAUGUGGGCGGAUCUGCGGGAUUGACCCGACAGCGACUACCGGCUCUGUUCGGUAGAGCCACUUGCUUGACUCCGUUGGCCCUCAGUACUAUUCGCUACAUAGGUGAGGCCGCGACUGAUAUCAAAUCGAAGGUUUCAGACACAAGCAUGUCCAUCCUCUUCAGAACGGUGCCCCUACGUCUGAACAACAAUCUGAAGCCAGCACUGCCGUCACGCCUCCGCACUGCUACUCUCGUUCCAGCCCGCGCCUUCUCCUGCACGGGCAAGAUGGCCUCAGACCCCAUCGCCGAGCAGCUCAAACAGUUCCCGACCUGCGAUAUCUCAGGCGCCUUGGUGAAGCUUAAGUACCGCAACGGAGGCUUCCUAUCAGGCCUCACACUCUGGUCGCCAGAACGCCAGGCCGGCGACACGCGGAUCGUCGGCCCGGCGUACACCGUCAAGUACGCGCCGCUAUCAGACCCAGCGCCGAAGCACCCGACCCACUACAUCGACUCGGUUCCGGCGGGCGCGGUAUUGUUUGUCUCGGCGCCGCCCAAGACGCCCAACGCCGUCUACGGCGGGCUCAUGACCGCACGGGCCAAAGCGCUCGGGGCCGUCGGCAGCGUGAUAGACGGGCGGUUCCGCGACCUGCACGAGCAGCGGGAGCAGGGCUUCCCCAUCUUUGGUCGUGAUGUGGGCACUGCGCCGCCACAGGAGCUGCUCAAGGUGGUCGGUGUGGAUGUGCCGGUGAAGUUGGCCACGGACGAGCAGGAUAUGGAGAUCAGGCCUGGGGACUACAUCAUUGGAGACCUGAAUGGAGUGGUGGUGUGCCCGAAGGAGCUGGCCGAGCAGGUCAUUCCGAUAGUACAGAAGAUGGUUGAGGCGGAUGAUAAGGUGAUGGCAGAGCUGCAAAAGGGGAUGGGCUUUGAGGAAGUUAGCAAGAAGUUCAGGGGCUGA